AUGUCCAUUCUGUUCAGUGUGGUUGCUAUUAAGAGGGAGAUUAUUUACAAGCACGCGUCCUGUGAUGGAAAUUUUGUGGAUAUCGUAACAGAAGUGCUGAGUAAAAUACCUCUUGGUAAUAAUAAAAUGACGUACUUUCACGGGACUUACUUGUUUAAUUAUGUGGUUGAGAACGAACACGUUUAUCUCUGCGUCACGGAAAAAGCAUGUCAGCGAUCCCGAGCAUUCCUGUUCUUAAACGAAAUUAAGAGAAGUUACAAAUGCCACGAUACAGAUGAUUUUACGAAUACACUAGCUAUCGAAAUGUCUAGAUACAGUGAAAAUAACAGCAAUAUAACCGUAGAAAAUGGUGAUUUAGACGAAAUUAACAGAAUAGAAGUGGAAAGUAGUCAGAGUAUACUGGGCGAGAAAUUGUUAUUAGUGAAAAAUACGGAUAUCUUGGAAUUUAGCACGAUCUCAUACGUAAGAAAAUCUCCUGAAAAAAUUACAAUAUCUGUUGAAAGUAAGACCUAUUUCAUAUUCGUGGGAAUGGCCUUAUUCCUUACAGUGAUUGUGUUAUACGUUUUCGGCCCUUGGACACUUGUAACUGUUAUGGGGAUAUUAUUUAUUAACGAUGCGAGGAAGAAAAGGAGAGAA